AUGCUCGAUACCGUUCCGGUUGCUAUCAACGCGGAGACGCAAGUGGAUAUCGCGACACGAUGUAAAGAACUCAAAUCUCAGCGGGACGGCGUACUUGAUCUUAUUACAAUCGAGGCGCACAAGCUAGAAAAUCAAGAUACCGAAGGGGCGAAGACCAAACUUGGUCAAAUGUCGUUGAAGGCCAAGGAGCUACUAAAUUCUCGUUUAGAUAAUUUCCAAGGACUACCUAAAAGAAAAGAUUUGCGACAUCCAGGCCGACCGAGAAAUACCACCAAGCAAUUGCAAAAGGGAAAUUUGCAGGCCAUCGAGCAUUUAAAGAAGACCUAUGGAAUCAAUUCUCAAAAUUUGUAUCCGAAUAUGAAUGGCUAUUCUUCCGAAGAUGGGGAUAGGUAA